CAACACAACCUCGACUGCUGACGAACACGAGGUAAAUGAGGUGAUAAAGACUAAAACAAAAAUGUAUCAUCUGAUAGCAAGACUACGUCCGAUCUGGUCCAGCUUUUGUGACCUCUACACAAGCAACACCACGAAGACCUGGAAGGAGAAACUUCUCCUGGUGUUUUCCUGCUUUACCUCCAGCCUCAUUCUGAGCAGCUUAAUCUUCCUCAUCCUCCACUUUUCCUUCAAAUGUAAUCUGGAAGUCUCAGCUUUCAUAAGCUGUGGUUUCUGUGUUUGUUUAACCCCAGCCAUCUAUUUCUCGGAAAGGGCUCGCUGUUUUGCAGGCUUGCUUUUGAUCUCCAUGGGUUUGAAACAAGUAAGGUCCCUUCUUCUGACAUUCGGAACGAGUUUGGUUAUUUUCUUCAACAUCAAGAACACGUAUCAGAAUGGCAGACUGCUCGCGAAAGGCCUGAUUUGCAACUUGGAGGAAAAAUUAUUGAAUAUUAACAUAGAGCCUCUUGGGAAUUACAUAAAAAUGCUGAAAUGGGUGGGAAAGCAACUUAAAUACUUUCUAAGUUUUAAUCUAGUGAGCUACCACGCAGACUUCAAGCUUACACCAAAAGUUAACUCGGAGAGCUUUAAAAUUCACAUGGUCGAAGCUGAGCGAGCCCUAAAUGAGACGGCUCAGAACGUGCUGAUGCUGACCGAUGCCUUGUCUUCUGUUGGAAAGAUCUUGUCUCCGACUUUAGGUCUCUUUCUUCUGUUGCUUCUCACGGCUCUGUACCUCAGGCGAUUCCGGAUUGACAACAAGUACAACAACGUAUAUAUCACAAAAAACUUUCUUCGCUUUGAUGAAGAGCAAAGGGAGAAAGGUAAACCUUGCGUCCUGCCGUUCACUAAAAGUGAAUUGAAACGUUACAUUAUGACCCCGUCCCUCAGUCUGACGGCCCAGCGGUGGAAAGCCAUGCUCAAGUUCAGCAUUCCCAUUUUCACCCAUUGUCUCACGUGGCUGGUGUUUAUCAGUCUGGACAGCUUCAUUUAUUGGCUUAUUGUAGUUCUAAGUAAGCGACUUGGGGAUCUGGAGCCGCUUCGUGUUCCUGUGGGCAUAAAACUUCAGGAGGCAACUUUAUUUUUAGGUUUACCUGUUGAGGAAAACGCGAAAUGGGCCAACUUUUCCUACACCGUGUCUUUGUUCGAGAAGAAGUGUUUGCCUGAACCUGAACUGUGGCUCCACAGAUCUCUGGUCCCAUUGUCUCUCGUUCUGGUCUUUCUACUGUUCUUGAGUCUUCUGUCAUCACAGCUCACGCAGCUCAGGGUUUUGCUGUCCGAACAGUUUUAUUCAGAUGUUGCAGAGAGACGCACUGCCUAUCUGCAUGCAAAGAUAUUAAAAAAGCGUCACAAAUAUAAAGCGGAUGAACUUGAGGGAGAUCUGAAGACCUCGGUUAUGCAGCCCAGUUUUUGGUGCCCUUUACUUUUCCAUAAACGUCACAAGAACACAGAUUCUGUUUGAAUCAGAGGUUUGUAAGACAUUGCUCACGGGUUUGUUACAGUACACAUCAUGUUAGACUGCAAAGUCUGUCUGCACAUUUGUACAACGCACUUGGUGUUAAGCUUGUGCUCUCUGGUGGUCUCACAUUCAUUGCACUUUCCCGUGUAUUAACCUUGCUCUGUAUGUACUAAGUAAGGUGCUCGGGUGUUAGCAUAAUGUAUGCACUGAGAGCCAGGUGACCCUGGAAUGAUAAGGGUUUCUAACUUCUUUUAUAGAUGCAAAAACAUAAUAUAUGAACCUACAUGAUGUUGAUGCCUGAUAUUUGUGUAGUGUGCAAUAUUUAAUGUGUAUUAUUUAAUGUGUAUAUAAUGUGUUUAAUUGUGUCACUUUUGUAAG